AUGGCCCGGGGCGCACGGCCCUCGGUGGCCGGCAGCGGCGCGGCGCCCCCUGAACUGGCGGGCCCGGGGCGGCCGCGGGGGAACCCGCCGGGCCGCGACCCCGGCGCCGACCCCCUGGGACCCCGUGCGGCGCCCGAGAUCCCCGGCCGGGGCGCGAGAAGGUGGGCAGCAAAGUUCGGCGCUGGUGGCCGCAGAUGGUGGGCGCUGCUGACGCUCCAGCUGCACUUGUUCCGGGCGCUGGCGCAAGAUGAUGUUGCACCAUAUUUUAAAACAGAGCCAGGCCUACCACAGAUGCACCUGGAAGGGAAUCGCCUUGUCCUCACUUGCCUUGCAGAAGGGAGCUGGCCUUUGGAAUUCAAGUGGAUGCACAAUGACAGUGAGCUCACCACCUACAGCAGCGAAUAUAAGUAUGUUAUUCCAUCUUUGCAGAAGCUCGAUGCUGGAUUUUACCGCUGUGUGGUGCGAAACCGGAUGGGUGCGCUAUUACAAAGAAAAUCAGAAGUUCAGGUUGCAUAUAUGGGAAAUUUCAUGAAUUCAGACCAGAGGAAGACUGUUUCACAAGGACAUGCAGCAGUUCUAAACUUACUGCCCAUCACCAGCUGCCCCAGACCUCAAGUGACCUGGUUUAGAGAAGGGCACAAGAUUAUUCCAAGCAACAGAAUAGCCAUAACGCUGGAGAAUCAGCUGGUGAUCCUUGCAACGACAGCAAGUGAUUCCGGGGCUUAUUACGUGCAGGCGGUCAAUGAGAGAAACGGAGAAAACAAGACAAGCCCUUUCAUUCAUCUGAGCAUAGCAAGAGAUAUUGGCACACCUGAAGCUGUGGCCCCUGUUAUUGUGGUUGCCCCAGGCAACAGGAGUGUGGUGGCAGGAUCCAGUGAGACGACCCUGGAGUGCAUAGCCAAUGCCAGGCCUGUGGAAGAGCUGAGCGUGCACUGGAAGAGAAACGGAGUGAGACUCACCAGCGGGCUCCACAGCUUCGGGAGGCGUCUCACCAUCAGCAACCCCACCUCCGCGGACACGGGGCUCUAUGUCUGUGAGGCGACGCUGCAGGGGAGUGCUUUCGAGCCAGCCAGGGCAAAAGCCUUCCUUUCCAUCAUAGAGCCACCGUAUUUUACUGCCGAGCCUGAAAGUCGGAUUCUAGCUGAAGUGGAAGAAACUGUGGUCAUCGCAUGUCAAGCCAUGGGGGUCCCUCUUCCCACCCUCCAGUGGUAUAAGGAUGCUGUCUCCAUCAGCAAGCUCCAGAACCCUCGGUACAUGGUACUCUCCAGCGGAGGCCUGCGCAUCCAGAAGCUAUGUCCGGAGGACUCUGGAAUCUUCCAGUGCUUUGCCAGUAAUGAAGGAGGGGAGAUCCAGACUCAUACCUACCUUGAUGUGACCAAUGUUGCCCCAGCAUUCAUCCGGCGUCCAGAGGACACCACGGUCACUGAUGGGAUGACAGCUGUUCUUCGGUGCGAGGUGUCUGGGGCUCCUAAGCCUGCCAUCACGUGGAAGACAGGCAGCCAAAUUUUGGCCAGUGGCUCUGUCCGGAUUCCUAGGUUCAUGCUGCUGGAGUCUGGGGGUCUGCAGAUAACCCCUGUGUUCAUCCAGGACGCUGGCAAUUACACCUGCUAUGCGGCUAACACAGAGGGGUCCCUGGAAGCAUCCGCAGCACUCACUGUGUGGAAUCGAACGUCCAUCGUUCACCCUCCUGAGAACCAAGUAGUGAUAAAGGGGACCAUGGCCACGCUGCGCUGUGGAGCCACUCACGACCCCCGGAUUUCUCUCCGCUACAUUUGGAAGAAGGACAAUAUGGUCAUCACCCCAUCUGGCAGCUCUAGAAUUGUGGUGGAGAAGGAUGGGUCCCUCCUCAUUAGCCAGACAUGGUCAGGUGACAUUGGGGACUAUACCUGCGAAAUCAUAUCUGAGGGAGGGAAUGAUUCCAGAACAGCCCGGCUGGAAGUGAUUGAGCUGCCUCACCCACCUCAGAACCUCCUGGCCAGCCUGAGCUCUCGCAGCCACGCCGUGGUGCUCUCCUGGGUCCGGCCCUUUGAUGGAAACAGCCCUGUUCUUUACUACAUUGUGGAGCUGUCUGAAAACAACUCUCCAUGGAAAGUGCAUCUGUCAAACGUUGGCCCUGAGAUGACAGGAAUCACCGUGGGUGGCUUGACUCCAGCCCGCACCUAUCAGUUCAGGGUGUGUGCAGUGAAUCAAGUGGGCAAGGGCCAGUACAGCACAGAGACGAGCAGGCUGAUGUUACCUGAAGAACCACCCAGUGCUCCCCCAAAAAACAUUGUGGCCAGUGGGCGAACCAACCAGUCCAUCAUGGUGCAGUGGCAGCCACCCCCAGAAACUGAGCAUAAUGGGGUGCUACGCGGGUACAUCCUCAGGUAUCGCCUGGCUGGCCUGCCUGGUGAGCAUCAGCAGAGAAACAUCACUAGCCCGGAGGUGAACUACUGCCUGGUGACAGACCUGAUUAUCUGGACACAGUAUGAAAUCCAGGUGGCCGCUUACAACGGGGCUGGCCUGGGUGUCUUCAGCAGAGCAGUGACCGAAUACACCUUACAAGGAGUGCCGACCGCGCCCCCACAGAACGUGCAGGCGGAAGCGGUGAACUCCACCACUGUGCAGUUCCUGUGGAACCCACCCCCGCAGCAGUUUAUCAACGGCAUCAACCAGGGAUACAAGCUUCUCGCAUGGCCAGCAGAUGUCCCUGAGGCAGCCGCUGUGGUCACCAUUGCCCCAGACUUCCAUGGAAUCCACCAUGGGUACAUAACAAACUUGAAGAAGUUCACUGCCUACUUCACGUCGGUCCUGUGUUUCACCACCCCAGGCGAUGGGCCUCCAAGCACACCUCAGCUCGUGUGGACGCAUGAGGACAGACCAGGAGCUGUGGGACAUCUGAGCUUCACGGAGAUUCUAGACACAUCUCUCAAGGUCAGCUGGCAGGAGCCCCUGGAGAAAAACGGCAUCAUUACAGGCUAUCAGAUUUCCUGGGAGGUGUAUGGAAAGAACGACUCUCGGCUCACGCACACCCUCAAUAGCACAACACACGAAUAUAAAAUCAAAGGACUGUCCUCCCUCACCACCUACACCAUUGAUGUGGCAGCCUUGACUGCAGCAGGGGUGGGCCUGGCCACCUCAUCCACCAUCUCUUCUGGAGUGCCCCCAGACCUUCCUGGGGCACCGUCCAACCUGGUCAUUUCCAAUAUCAGCCCUCGCUCAGCUACUCUGCAGUUCCGGCCAGGCUACGAUGGGAAGACAUCCAUCUCCAGAUGGAUUGUGGAGGGGCAGGUUGGAGCCAUCGGUGAUGAGGAGGAGUGGGUGAGCCUCUAUGAGGAGGAGAAUGAGCCCGAUGCCCAGACACUGGAAAUCCCAAACCUCACGCCCUACACCCACUACAGAUUUCGAAUGAGACAAGUGAAUAUCGUUGGUUCAAGUCCCUUCAGCCAGUCAUCCCGGGUCAUCCAGACCCUGCAGGCCCCACCCGAUGUGGCUCCAACCAGCAUCACUGUCCGAACCGCUAGUGAGACCAGCCUGCGGCUGCGCUGGGUGCCUCUGCCUGAUUCCCAGUACAAUGGGAACCCCGAGUCCGUGGGCUACAGGGUGAAGUACUGGCGCUCCGACCUCCCAUCUUCGGCACUGGCCCAAGUCAUCAACGACCGGCUAGAGAGGGAGCUCACCAUUGAGGAGCUGGAGGAGUGGACGGAGUACGAGCUGCAGAUGCAGGCUUUCAACGCCAUCGGGGCCGGGCCCUGGAGCGAGCUGGUGCGGGGACGGACUCGGGAAUCAGUUCCCUCAGCAGCUCCGGAAAACGUGUCCGCCCAGGCCGUCAGCUCCACCCAGAUUUUACUGACAUGGGCAUCUGUCCCUGAGCAGGACCAGAAUGGGCUUAUACUAGGUUACAAGAUUCUGUACCGAGCCAAAGACUUGGAUCCUGAGCCCAGAAGUCACACCGUGCGGGGGAACCACACACGGUCGGCGCUGCUGGCCGGCCUGCGCAAGUUCGUGCUGUACGAGCUCCAGGUGCUGGCGUUCACCCGCAUCGGGAACGGGGUCCCCAGCAUGCCUCUCAUCCUCGAGCGUACCAAGGAUGAUGCUCCAGGCCCUCCUGUGAGGCUGGUAUUCCCCGAGGUGAGGCUCACGGCAGUGCGGAUCGUGUGGCAACCCCCAGAGGAACCCAAUGGCGUGAUUCUGGGGUACCAGAUCGCCUACCGCCUGGCCAGCAGCAGCCCCCACACAUUCACCACCGUGGAGGUUGGUGCCACAGUGCGGCAGUUCACGGCCACCGAGCUGGCCCCAGAGUCUGCCUACAUCUUCAGAUUGUCUGCCAAGACGAGGCAGGGAUGGGGGGAGCCCCUGGAGGCCACAGUCAUCACCACAGAGAAGAGAGAGCGGCCAGCACCCCCCAGAGAGCUCCUGGUGCCCCAGGCGGAAGUGACAGCCCGCAGCCUCCAGCUCCAGUGGGUUCCAGGCAGUGAUGGGGCCUCCCCCAUCCGGUACUUCACUGUGCAAGUUCGGGAGCUGCCCAGGGGAGAGUGGCAGACCUACUCCUCGUCCAUCAGCCACGAGGCCACAGCCUGUGCCGUUGAAAGGCUGAGGCCCUUCACCUCCUACAAGCUGCGCCUGAAAGCUACCAAUGACAUCGGGGACAGCGACUUCAGUUCAGAGACGGAGGCGGUCACCACACUGCAGGACGUUCCAGGAGAGCCUCCAGGGUCUGUCUCCGCGACCCCGCACACCACCUCCUCGGUCCUGAUCCAGUGGCAGCCUCCCCGGGAUGAGAGCCUGAAUGGCCUUCUGCAGGGUUAUAGGAUCUACUACCGGGAGCUGGAGGCCGAGGUGGGCUCAGGCCCCGAGACCAAGACACUCAAAAGCCCCUCUGCCUUGCGCGCAGAGCUCGCAGCCCAAAGCAGCUUCAAGACCGUGAACAGCAGCUCCACGUUAACCACGUAUGAAUUAACACAUUUAAAGAAGUACAGGCGCUAUGAAGUCAUCAUGACCGCCUACAACAUCAUUGGUGAGAGCCCGGCCAGCACACCUGUGGAAGUCUUCGUUGGUGAGGCUGCUCCAGCGAUGGCCCCGCAGAACAUCCAGGUCACCCCGCUCACGGCCAGCCAGCUGGAGGUCAUGUGGGACCCACCGCCCCCAGAAAGCCAGAAUGGGAACAUCCAGGGUUACAAGAUCUACUACUGGGAGUCAGACAGGCGGAACGAAACAGAGAAAAUGAAGGUCCUGUUCCUCCCCGAGCCCACGGUGAAGCUGAAGAACCUGACCAGCCACACCAAGUAUAUGGUCAGCAUCUCCGCCUUCAACGCUGCUGGCGACGGGCCCAAGAGUGACCCUCGGCAGGGGCGCACCCAUCAGGCUGCUCCUGGGGCCCCCAGCUUCUUGGCGUUCUCAGAAAUAACCUCCACCACGCUCAACGUGUCCUGGGGAGAGCCGGUGGCAGCCAAUGGUGUCCUGCAGGGCUAUCGGGUGGUUUAUGAGCCCUUGGCACCUGUCCAAGGGGUGAGCAAGGUGGUGACAGUGGACGUAAAGGGGAACUGGCAGCGCUGGCUGAAGGUGCGGGACCUCACAAAAGGAGUGACCUAUUUCUUCCGCGUCCAAGCACGGACCAUUACCUAUGGACCUGAGCUCCAAGCCAAUGUCACCGCUGGGCCAGCGGAAGGGUCCCCAGGCUCUCCUAGAGACAUCUUGGUCACCAAAUCUGCCUCUGCACUGACUCUGCAGUGGACAGAGGGCCCUGCAGGCCACACACCCACCACGGGCUACGUCAUAGAGGCCAGGCCCUCAGAUGAAGGCCUGUGGGACAUGUUUGUGAAGGACAUUCCCCGGAGUGCCACGUCCUACACCGUCAGCCUGGACAAGCUCCGGCAAGGAGUGACCUAUGAGUUCCGGGUGGUGGCUGUGAACAAGGCUGGCUAUGGGGAGCCCAGCAGUCCCUCCACGGCAGUAUCAGCCAAAGUGGAAGCCCCGUUCUAUGAGGAGUGGUGGUUCCUGCUGGUGAUGGCUCUCUCCAGCCUGAUCAUCGUCCUGCUGGUAGUGUUCGCCCUGGUGCUGCACGGACAGAGCAAGAAGUACAAGAACUGCGGCGCAGGUAAGAGCAUCUCCAACAUGGAGGAAUCUGUGACCCUGGAUAAUGGAGGAUUUGCUGCCCUGGAGCUCAACAGUCGCCACCUCAAUGUCAAGAGCACCUUCUCCAAGAAAAAUGGGACCAGGUCCCCACCGCGACCAAGCCCCGGUGGCCUGCACUACUCAGAUGAGGACAUCUGUGACAAGUACAAUGGUGCCGUGCUGACAGAGGGUGGGAGCCUCAAGGGGAAGUCAGCAGAUGCAUCAGAGUCUGAGGCCUCUGACUCGGACUACGAGGACCCGCUGCCCAAGCACUCCUUUGUCAACCACUACAUGAGCGACCCCACCUACUACAACUCCUGGAAGCGGAGGCCCCCAGCGGCGCCACACAGGUACGAGGCAGUGGCGGGGGCCGAGGCUGGCCCGCACCUGCACACAGUCAUCACCACGCAGAGCGCAGGCGGCGUGUACACGCCCGCAGGCCCCAGCGCCCGGGCCCCGCUCACCGGCUUCUCUUCCUUCGUGUGACACGGGCGCCUCCAUCAGGGUAGAACCACCGCGGACCUUCCGGAGUCUAUUUUUGUUAAGACAAUCAACUCUGAUAACUGAGCUGAAGUUUUUGUUUAAAAAAAAAAAAAAUUCUGAUAAGCGAUGAUUUUACCUACAAGUGAACACUAGGUUCCACUUAGGAAGGUUUUUUUUAUGGCUUUUUGUAACAUCGCUGCAGGAAGCAGGUUUCUUUGUUUUCUUUUCUUUUUAAGAGAAGGUAUAUCUCCCUGGUGCCCUGGUGUGGCACCGCCAGCCCCAGGUGUCUCCAUCCUCCAGGUCACCUGGGGAGGUGGGUCAGGGGCAGAAGAGCCGAGGGCCAGGGGAACAGAGCUCAGGCCUCUGUCUCUCUCUACCUCCUCUCCCAAGAACCAGCCAGCUCACGUUCUCCGUGUUAGGAUACCUUCGGCCUCCUUGCUCACUCCUGGGGUGUGGAGAGCAAACCUGGGCUCCAGCUUGGUGACCCCCCCCCACACCCGUGUCUGAAAUGCUCUCAUUCUGCAGAUUCUAGGCGAGGAAUCAGCUUUAAGGUCUUAGCAAUGGGCAGGUGAUUGGGAGGUGGUGUCCCCUGGCCCCAUUGUGGCUCAGCUGGGCACACCGUCACUCCGGUGGUAAAUUAUUCUGGGGCUUUCCUUUCUCCCCUCCUUUCUUUCAAGCUGAUAGUGCAAGAACAAGAAGCCCUUCCCCCUACCCCAGGCUCUGGGAAGCCCCUGAAGCCCGUGCAACUGGGUCUUUCCCGUGAACACACAGCACACGGCCAACCCUGCUGACCAAGAGUGAGGUGGCGUUUGCAGAAUUGCUUGUCAAAGUGUAGGAAGUGUGCAUUGUUAACCAGAGUAUUUUUUAAAUCUUUUUAUCUUUUUUUAAAAUAUGUCACAUGAAAUGAAUGCGUCUUUGCUGUCUCCGGGUGCCUUUUUAUUAAUAUGUUCUGCUUUGUACAUGGGAAAGACGAGAAGCGACAAUGUCUCCAAAUAAAGCAAACCCACUCUGAGAAACCGGGCCCCGAGUCACCCCGUGUACCCCAGGCCACUCCAGGCACGUGGGAACAGUCCUUCCGUUCGUCCUCCUGCCACCACGGGCUGCCCCCUGCUUCUGACCACCGGUGCUGCUGCCCUCCCCAUCCAAGGCCAGCUUUAAGCCUUAACAGGUUUUUCUGGGAAUUUUUUUUCUGUAAUUGUCACUCAUUUGUUCUAAUUUUUUUAAGCUAAAUGAAAAUAGUCUGAACUACUUUGGAAAAUAUAGAGUCCAGACCACAGCUGUGCCUCCAGCCAAACUUUGACUUUUCCAACAGCUAGCUCGGUUGCAGGUGGCCUCUCUCAGCCUGGGGACCUGUCUGGGUGUGACCAGAGCGCUACUGGUUCCAACUGGCAUGUGUGUCCCGGGACUCCUGAGGGCCCCACAUCCUCACUCCUGGGCAGAGUACAGCGUACACAGGAUUAGAGGCUCUUCCUUCCACACACCCCCCAUGAACAGCAGGACAAGGUGGGGCACUGUCCUCCCAGGGACCUCAGUGUGCUAAGAGUGCUAACCAGCUGGGCAGGUCCCUGGCCGGCGCCACAGGAAGUCAGUCUCAUGGCCAAGUGUAGAAAACAUGGUCCCCACGUGGCCAUUUUCUCUCUGCCCCUCUGUGGGGCAGAGUGUAGAUGUUGUCUUGAUCCUCUGCUUUGAAGGUUGCUGGGUGUGACCCAGGAGACCAAGGAAAGUUUUGUGUGGAGUGAAAAACCCUUUUCAGUUUUUCCAAAAUUGAGAGUGUGGAAAGUUCUCCCUCUCUCCUCUGCUUUCUCCCUGCCUUCCUCCCUCCAUUCCUCCCUCCCUUCCUUCCUUCCCUGCGCGGAAGGGGGAAUAUUCUAAACCAAAAAUCCUAGAUGCUCUGCCCAAAGCCACUUCUGCGUGAGAAUCACCGCCCCUAGUCCACUGGAGGGGCCACCUCGGUGGACAGAGCCACCUCCUUCCUCUUGCCCCAGAGAGGGUGAAGUGGACGGAGAUCACAUUCAACCACUUGAAUUUCUUGGGAGAGAAUGCUCCAGAGAACCAGCCCCUCGCUGCGCACUUUGCUUCCUUAAGCCAUAAGGACAUUGCUUUAAUUAACGGGAAAAGUGUUGAGGACAAUUUGGUCUGAGAUGUGGCUUUGCUCUUCGGUUUUGUGACAACAUGACACUUGUUUUAGGCUCAUCUUUCCUGUAUCCCCUCUACUUUCAGUGAGGUUUAAGGCUGCACUGACGCUGGGGCUGCUGAUGGACAGUGGUCAGUUGCCACAGUCACGCCUGUCACCACCAGGGACUGUGUCUCAUGUGAGCCACCUGCACCAAAAAAGCAGGGUCUGACCUCCCAGAGCAACCUGUGCAUUGAGAACUAUCCAUUCCUAAUCACUCAUCUUUAGGGAGGGGAAAAAAUUCACACAAGAGGAAAAUGGACAUUGGAUCUAAAUCUCAGUUCUGAGAAUAAGCAAAAAUUGUAACCAAGGGGCACAGCGGUUGUUCUCUGUCCUGUGGUGCUGCAAGGUGCAUUUCGCAGGUGCCUUGGUGGCAGUAGUGCUGUCUCCCCACAGAAGUCUCCAGUGCCCUUCCCUGUGUGGAUGGUGCACUUGGCAUGGGAGGGGCUGUGCUCUGGUUGAGAUGCAUGGUUUGCACACAGGAUCCCCUCUCCACCUCGGGUGCCAGGGCAUAGGAGUCUGGAGAGGGACCCAGGGCUGAGCUGUAGUCUCCUCGGCCUCCUGUAGGGCACGCUCUGAACCAGCUGGCCUGGACAGCCCUUCCUGCCCACCUUCCCUUCCUUGUCUUUCCCCCAUUCACUUAAGGCGCACUUCAUUCGAUGCCCCAGUGAAAGAAGAUGUGGGGCAGCAGGGUCUUUCCCACCGUGAGCCCCAGGGGGAGACAGAAUCGCAGUGGCCGCCACAUCAGGCACCCUGCAGCCCACGAGGGUGGUGCUCAUUCUGCUAACUUCUUUGACUGCUGUGCUUGUCUGGAUCACAACUGGCCCAAAGCAUGGUGUGGUGCCUGCGUAGCAGUUGCUAGCAUGGUUUUUCGUUUGUACGUGUUCCUGCGCACUGUGAAGAGCACCUGGGUGACCUCGAUCCGCCAGCACAGGGCCCAACCCGAGGUGAGGACGUGGGGAAACUCGUGAACAGAGCUGGUCUGCACGGCUGCCUCCCUCCAGACUCACCUUCUGGCUUGAGAAGAGCCCGGGGCAGUCCUGAUAUUUUCCCUACAGCAUUACCAGAAGUUGUGCUGAAAACCAGACCUCAUUAAAAGAAACAGAAAUAACCCAACAACAUGUAGGAAGGCAGAGAGAGGUGCUAUGGGUACGAUUUUUAAUAAAAACGUUAUUUUGUUCCUUAA